AUGGUAAAGGCGGUUGCGCUGUGCGUCUUCAGCGGUCGGGCGCUUGAGUUUGGUCUGAAAAAGCAGGUGGCGAGGUGCUCGACAGCGACCGGAAUGCGACGUGCUUCUCCAAACCCCGCCGGACCCAGCGAUGCGACCGUGCGCCCUCGUGUUGCGUAUGAAAGGCUGCGACGAUCCUCACUGAGACCGCACACGAUCCCCACUUCGGAUCGCACGGCCUACAAUCAAGGUGAAGGCGGCCAUGGCGACCACGAUCGGAUGCGAAUGGGCCGAAUCGCUGUUUCGGGUGUCGAUGGCGAUGUGAACCGAUCGACGGACGUCAGGGCUUGUGCAUGUGUUCCACGGCUGGCGAGGCGCACAGGCGAGGCGGCGCUGAUUUCCCAUCGAUCCACGCGCGAUGUUUCGAUGCUGCACAUCUGUCGACUUGCGCUCGGAAGCUUGUGGCUAGUCUCGCAGACGCAGCUCGUGCAAGCAGCAAGCGCAAGCUUUCAACGCGAUUGCGCGUCUACUGUAACUAUCCCCUCGCAGCAGCAGAGCUCGGCGUUUGGAGCCGUGUCAUGGCGGUCCUCGCACUACUAG